AUGGGCUUUUUUAAAAGUAAGAAAUCAGCAGCUGCUGUCGAUGAAGAAAUAAGUGAACUUGAAAAAUCAUCAACGACACCAAACAACACAGAAACAACAUCCAGCAAACAACCAACAGCAACAACUCCAGCAAAAACUGAAGUUUUGGACAAACCAAAAGAAACAAGUCAACCAUCAAUUAGUUCAACUACAAAUACAACCACAAAUGCAACCGAUGACAAAAAAGAAAUUGCAACCACAACUACUACCAGCAAGAAGGAUCUUCCAACCGAUAGUUUUAUUCAUGUCCAAGUAACUGGAGAGAAGUUUUCCGAUAAAGCAUCCACACUGUUGCCAUUAGUUUCUCAUCAUGUUAAAUGUCAUGUUACUUAUCCUAUUGUUCAAGUGGUUUCUACUAUGACAUUUAAUAGUCCACAUGGUAAAACAAUUGAAGGUGAAUUAGUGUUGCCAAUGCCUGAUGGAGCAACCAUGAUGGGUUAUGCAAUGGAAGUGAAUGGUAAAUUGGUUGAUGCUGUUCCAGUUGAGAAGGAAAAGGCAAAAGCUGUAUUCGAAAGUGAAGUUAGAGCUGGAGGAACUGUUUCAAUUGUUGAAAAGUUGACUCAAGCUUCUAAUUGUUUCAAGACAAAG